CGUUUGAUCGUUGUUUAUUUUGGUUUUAGAAGAGUGGACUAUUGUAAUAUUUUCAAGUGUGGCUGUUGACUAUAUUACAGAUUUUUGUGUGGUACUGUUAUAAUGUUUUGUGGAACUAAAGUCUUUCAAAACUAAGUUACGUCUAAAUAUAAAUUUAAAAUGUUAUUCAGAUGUUGCGUUGGAACUUUGAUCUAAGUGAGAUGGUGUAAAGUUCAAAUCUAUCUUUGGAAUAGGCCUAGUUUAUAGUUUUAUAGUUAUCUAAUCUCGAAACAGAUUCGAAAAUGGAUAAACCACAAAUAAUAUGUCACAUAGAAAAAUCUUUACCUUUUACUUUGUAUGAUUCUUUAUGGAUACCGUCCUCAGCAAAAUUUGUUCUUCUUGGAUCACAACCGAGAGGCUCAGGAGUGCUACAAGUGUAUGAAAUCAACGAGGGAGAUGCUUCAGUGAUCAAAAAUGUUGAGAAAAAUACAGCUUUUAAAUGCGGUACCUUUGGAGCUUCUUCACUGCGCCAAAGACAUCUUGCCACAGGAGACUUUGAAGGCAAGUUACAGAUGUGGAAUUUAGAGGACAUGUCAAGUCCAGUGUACUCCGUUAGUGCUCAUAGACAAAUUAUAAACUGUAUUGAUGGAGUGGGAGGCCUUAACAUCGCUUGUGGAGCUCCAGAGAUCGUCACAGGAAGUCGAGAUGGAAGUGUAAAAGUUUGGGAUCCAAGACAAAAAAAUAAACCAGUGGCAGUGAUGGAACCUGCUGAUGGAGAAGCGAGGCGGGACUGUUGGAGUGUUGCUUUUGGAAACUCGUACAACAAUGAGGAGCGAGUGGUGUGUGCAGGCUAUGACAAUGGUGAUAUAAAAAUGUUUGAUCUUAGGACGAUGUGUCUCAAGUGGGAGACUAACGUAAAAAAUGGAGUGUGCUGUGUAGAAUUUGACAGAAAGGAUAUAAAGUUGAAUAAACUAAUAGCGACUACUUUAGAAUCCACAUUUCAUGUGUAUGACCUGCAUACCCAACACAAAACAAAAGGAUUUGCCAAACUUACUGAAAAGGCACAUAAGUCAACAGUCUGGGCAGCAAGAAGUCUACCACAAAAUAGAGAAAUAUUUGUUACUUGUGGAGGAAGUGGUACUCUGUGCCUGUGGAAGUACAACUAUCCAGAAAAGAGAGUGCGUGAGAGUGGUGAGGGAGAAAUGAUGGGUGUCCCUGGUUCUCUUAGCCUGCUACAGAACAGUGUGUUGACAUCCCAGCCGAUCUCCAGCUUCAACUGGAGUCCAGACAAGACUGGACUGGCAGUUUGCACUUCUUUUGAUCAGACUGUGCGUGUACUAAUUGUUACCAAAUUAAAUCUUUAUUAAAAACCUA